ACCCCACCACCAACGACAACAACAACCCCACCCAUGAAAACUACAACCACCCCACAAACUACAACUAUGACGACUGAACUAACUACAACCACAACCACAGCACCAACUACAACCACGUCCACAUCAUCAACUACAACCACAACCACAGCAUCAACUACAACAACAACCACUGCACCAACGACAACAACAACUACUACAACUGAAGCCCCCCCUCCAGUUGUUGCUAUUCAAGCAGUCUUGGUAGUACCGUUUGUACCACAACUUACUGAUAGAAAUAGCCAAGAAUUUAAGACACUGGAAGCAACAGUUGUAGCAGUGUAUGACGUCAUCUACAGGAAUCGAUAUGGGUCACUUUUCAUCCGCACUUUUGUCAUAGCGUUCAGGCCAGCUGGAGGCCGUACACGAAUGGAAAAUACUGAUGCAGAAGUGGGUGUUGAGUUCAACAGAACUACACCGGCUGCAGCAAUCCCACCAGCUACUGAUGUUGUGCAAACCUUAAUAGUGGCUGUGACCAAUUCUAGCAGUGCCCUCAACCUCACCAUUCAAGCCGACUCUGUCCAGACAGUUCAAACAACUGCAGCCCCCACUACUACAGCUAGUACCACUGCUGCAAAUGCAACUACCAAUGCCACAACAACUGCAGCCCCCACUACUGCAGCUAAUACCACUGCUGCAAAUGCAAUUACCAAUGCCACAACAACUGCAGCUCCCACGCAGCCACAGUCCUCUACAACCCCAGUUACAAGUAUUGUCACUACAUCGACAACAUCCACCACAACUGUUGAGGCAGUUACAACAAGGCGGUUGACUUUCAGAUCAGCUGGAGAGACCUUUACAAAUGAUUUGCUGAAUCCCUCAUCUCAAGCAUUUUUCAAUCGAGCUAGUCUGCUCAAGUCGAAUCUGGAACCUUUCUACCAAAGAGCAUUUUCUUCAUUCCGCUCCUUGACUGUGAUUUCAUUCAGUAACGGAUCAAUCAUCAACAACAUGAACCUCACGUUUAGAUCCACAUCUGUUCCUAACAACACUCAGAUUGCCACAGUUUUGGUCGACGCAUCUUCCAACAUCACAGCCUUUAACAUCGACACCAACUUUAUUUUUGUGGAUGGUGCAGGAACAACAGUAACAACCACCACUGCACCAACUACUACAACAACCACCACUGCACCAACUACUACAACUACUGCAAAUGGAACCACCAACGCAACAACCACAACUUCACCAACUACUACAACAACCACCACUGCAUCAACUACAACAACUACUACAACUGAAGCGCCACCCCCAGUUGUGGCUAUUCAAGCAACCUUGGUAGAACCGUUUGUCCAGGAACUCAGUGACAGGAACAGCCCACAAUUUAGGGCCCUUGAGACAAGAGUUGUAACAGUGUGUGACAUUAUCUACUUGGCUCGAUUUGGUAGAAUUUUCCGCCGCACAUUCAUCAUAGUAUUCAGACCAGCUUUGGCCCUAACACGAAUGGAGAACACUGUUGCAGAGGUGGGGAUCGAGUUCAACAGAAAUACCGCAACUGCAGAAAUCCCACCAGCUUCUGAUGUUGUACAAACCUUAGUAGAUGCAGUGAAUAAUCCCAACAGUACGCUCAACAUCACUAUUCAAGCCAACACUAUCCAACUAGUUGAUACAAAUGCAACUACCAAUGCCACAACAACUGCAGCUCCCACGCAGCCACAGUCCUCUACAACCCCAGUUACAACCACAACUGUUGAGGCAGUUACAACAAGGCGGUUGACUUUCAGAUCAGCUGGAGAGACCUUUACAAAUGAUUUGCUGAAUCCCUCAUCUCAAGCAUUUAUCAAUCGGGCUAAUCUGCUCAAGUCAAAUCUGGAACCUUUCUACCAAAGAGCAUUUUCUUCAUUCCGCUUCUUGACUGUGAUUUCAUUCAGUAACGGAUCAAUCAUCAACAACAUGAACCUCACGUUUAGAUCCACAUCUGUUCCUAACAACACUCAGAUUGCCACAGUUUUGGUCGACGCAUCUUCCAACAUCACAGCCUUUAACAUCGACACCAACUUUAUUUUUGUGGAUGGUGCAGGAACAACAGUAACAACCACCACUGCACCAACUACUACAACAACCACCACUGCACCAACUACUACAACUACUGCAAAUGGAACCACCAACGCAACAACCACAACUUCACCAACUACUACAACAACCACCACUGCAUCAACUACAACAACUACUACAACUGAAGCGCCACCCCCAGUUGUGGCUAUUCAAGCAACCUUGGUAGUACCGUUUGUCCAGGAACUCAGUGACAGGAACAGCCCACAAUUUAGGGCCCUUGAGACAAGAGUUGUAACAGUGUGUGACAUUAUCUACUUGGCUCGAUUUGGUAGAAUUUUCCGCCGCACAUUCAUCAUAGUAUUCAGACCAGCUUUGGCCCUAACACGAAUGGAGAACACUGUUGCAGAGGUGGGGAUCGAGUUCAACAGAAAUACCACAACUGCAGAAAUCCCACCAGCUUCUGAUGUUGUACAAACCUUAGUAGAUGCAGUGAAUAAUCCCAACAGUACGCUCAACAUCACUAUUCAAGCCAACACUAUCCAACUAGUUGAUACAAAUGCAACUACCAAUGCCACAACAACUGCAGCUCCCACGCAGCCACAGUCCUCUACAACCCCAGUUACAACCACAACUGUUGAGGCAGUUACAACAAGGCGGUUGACUUUCAGAUCAGCUGGAGAGACCUUUACAAAUGAUUUGCUGAAUCCCUCAUCUCAAGCAUUUAUCAAUCGGGCUAAUCUGCUCAAGUCAAAUCUGGAACCUUUCUACCAAAGAGCAUUUUCUUCAUUCCGCUUCUUGACUGUGAUUUCAUUCAGUAACGGAUCAAUCAUCAACAACAUGGACCUCACGUUCAGAUCCACAUCUGUUCCUAACAACACUCAGAUUGCCACAGUUUUGAUCGAUGCAUCUUCCAACAUCACAGCCUUUAACAUCGACACCAACUUUAUUUUUGUGGAUGGUGCAGCGUCAAGUGGAGUGAGCCACAAGACCAGUCUCAUCACCGCAUCCUGUCUGGUGCUGCUGUCAUGGCUACUGUCAUGUCAGCAAUAGUCUCUGCUGAAGUCCAUGGAAUCCCAUUAGAAAAUGUCUGCAGUUACUGGUAUGAGGAGGGACAUCGUUCAUCUUCAAAAUCCAAGAAGAGCUUCUGAUGAAUAGCAAAUAUAAUAUGGCUUAGAAGAAGCAUCUAGACAUUCAAUUCAAGUUUAGUGUACACACACUUUGCUACACCUUUCUCUUUUAUUCAGUUUGAUCUCCCUAAAAUGACAUAAAUGAAGAAAACAACUGCACUGAGAACAAAUACCUCUUGAAACCUGAAAUACGUCUCACUGAAUACUACUGAGUUCAUACAAUGUCUGAUCAAUGUCUUUAAUGAUUAUCUGGUCAACUUUCCUAUUUAAACAUUUUCAUAUUAUAUGUGGAUUCUGUCACUUUACUUGUAUGUUUUUGUAACGGUAGUAUAAGAUAAGAUAAUGAGAUAAGAUGAUCUGUCCCACAGUAGGGACAUUUGUAAAUGCUGCUUUCAAGGUGAUAAUGAUGCAAAAUGAUUUAAAAAACACUUGUAUAUUGUUAGCCUAAUAGAAAAUCAUUUUUGGCUUGCUGUUAGAAUGUAAAUUAUAUUCAGAAAAUGUAACACAAAGUACAUAAAGAUGCUUCAAUUAAAGGUGCAAAUAUUUAAAA